AUGGCCGACAAACUACUUAUCAAGCUCGACAAGCAGCGCGGCAAGAUUGAUUCUCAGCAGGACAACAUCAAUUCCUCCCAUUGGAUCGUCACUGACAUCAUCCAGCAUGGGGAAGACAUUGGCGCCCUGAAGGCCGAGAAUAUGCUCCUGAAGGACGAGAACAAGAGGCAGGAUGAGCAAUGGACUUGGCAGACACUUCAGUAG